AUGGUCGCGGGCGGCGCGGGCGCUCGGGCCGCCGGCCGGUUCCUGCUGCGCCGGCCGCGCUCGGGCGCGCCGAUCCGCCCCUGCGCGAGCGAGGCCGGCCAGGCCUUUCCUGCGCCGGGACUUCAGGUCACGAGGCCGCCCAUUCCCCAGGCGGCCCGCGCCAGCUGCUGCUUUUCCGGGGCCGGAGCAAACUCGCGGAGAGACGUGGGUCGAGUGCGCGCCCCGACACCGAGCCCGGCCGCCCGGGCUCCUCCCUCCCCAAACUUCACGGGCGACGUCAGCGGCGGACACCGGCGGGAGCGGGGCGGGCCCUCGCCUCGGCCCCAGGCCCGGAUCCUCCCGCGCCGCCCACGCCGAGGGAGUGGGGCCGGCAGGGCGCGGGGAAGGGAGACAGCGGCGCGCUCCUUUUGUCUUCCUCCCCCAGCCCCCAAGUUCGGGAAAGUUUUCCUUUUGGGAAAGCCCCUCUCACGCCUGCCUGCUGGCAGGUGCCGGAUUGGUCAAACAAGGAGGAUUCCUCUGUGGGCCGAGUCUUCUCGGAGUCGCCAAACCUCCAGAUGGUGGAGUGGGGGCGAGGAGGUGUUGGGAACGGGGUAUGUCUGUAGAGAAAUUGAAAAAUCACCUUGGGAGUCCAUGCCUCUAACUCCAGGAUUCCUGCAUGUUGUUGCGAAUGACAGAAUGUCCUGCUUUUUACAGGAUGGUGCACUUCCAGUGUCUGAAUUCUACUCCUCCAUGUGUUCCUGGCACCUCACCUGAUGUCUGGGCCCCUGUGGCCACUUGAUACAGUCUGGGUUCUGUUCAGGCUAGCAACAGAAACUGGGCAAUUUAAUAAAAAAAGGCAAUUUAUUGGAAGGAUCUCCGGGAAUUCACUGAAAGGAAGAGAGGACUGGAGAACCAGGCUUAGGAAAGAAAAGGCAGCCCCGGAAGUUCUCAGUGGCGGAGGUCUGCAGGACAGUGUUGCAACACGACCAUUGCUGUGUCUCAGGACUACAUCGUUGCUUAUCCAACAUGACUCAGCCUUGGUGUUGGCACUGACUCAUGGAGCUCCUGACAGAGGAGAAUUAGUGUCACAGAUUGACUGGGAAACCAAUUCACAUGAAGCCAAGAAGAGAAAUGGGGCUGCUGUUGCUGAAUCCGCAGCCGACCUUAAUGAUGCAGGCGAGGAAAAACGCCCAUUCUGAGGGAGAUCAGUUAAUUUUGCACUGUGUUUGAUGUUGCUAUUAUUGUAGUGACUAUUGCCUUUCUGUUUUAUAUUUAUUCAUCUAAAUUGUUUUGGAAGGACUCAGAGGUCUAGAGACAUGCAUACUCUUUGCAAAAAAGCAUCAUAUUGUAGUGGAGGUAGUCCAGACUAUAGGAAUCUUAUUUGCCGUGUCUUGGGCAAGUUGCUUGACCUCUGAUCAUUGUUUCUUUUAUCUAUCAUUAUAUUGCCUCUGUAUUUCAGACUCACUCUGUAUCAGGCACUUAUUUACUCUUAUAGCAAGCUCAGGAGGAAAAUACAAUUGCCUUUGUUUUACAAGUGAAGGAACUGUAAAUUUUCCAAGGACACAUUGCUACUAAAUAAUAAAUGUGAAAUUUUAA